AUGGGGAAUCCCAAUGCAACAGUACAAGGGACCUUGACAUCGGUCUAUAACCUGGGCUGUUUUGGCGGCGCUCUGUCCACGUUAUAUACGGGAGACAGACUCGGUCGUCCGCGCACAAUCCUACUCGGCAGCUCCGUCAUUGCUCUAGGCGCAAUCAUCCAGACUGCGUGCUACUCGAGAGGACAGAUGUUCGCUGGUCGCGUCAUUGCUGGCCUGGGGACAGGCAUGAAUACUGCCACGGCUGGGGUCUGGCAAUCCGAGACAAGCAAGAUGCGGAGCCGUGGCAAGCUUGUCAUUAUACAGAUGGCGAAUUGCAUUACUGGCUUCUGUCUCUCAAACUGGCUCACCCUCGGAUUCAGCUUCUGCAAAGGCUCCGUGGCCUGGCGCUUCCCACUUGCUUUCCAAUGCUUCUUCACGUUGCUGAUCUGGCUGAUGUGCCCAUUCCUCCCGGACUCUCCUCGCCUUUUGAUGCGCAAAGGGAAAUACGAGGAAGCUCUCGAGGUUCUCGCGGCACUGGAAGGGCAUGGCGCCACCAUCGACUCCCCGUCCGUCCGUGCACAGUACGAGAACAUCAAGGAUGUCCUGGACAAGGAGCACGCCCAGACGUAUACCUGGUGGCAACUUCUCACCGGCCGUGGUCCAUCGGGGGUUGUCCGCCGUAUGAUUCUGGGCGCGUGGAUGCAAGCCAUGAACCAGAUCUCGGGCAUCAACGUCACCAGCUACUUCCAGACGUAUAUCUUCAUCCACGCCAUCAACCUCAGCGAGCUUCUCGCUCGAAUUCUAGCUGCCGCGGGGUCGGUCGACUAUCUCAUCUUCAGCUUCCUGGCUUGGUUCGUCAUUGAGCGGUACGGUCGACGACGGGUCAUGAUGACCUCAGCGGCCGCUUGCUGCACGUGCUGGACCAUCAUCAGCAUCGCCCUCGGUCUCUCCGAGACUGGCAAAGGCGAUACCUACGCUCUCGGUGCCCUGGCGACCACGUUCUUUUUCGUGUUCUUUGCGUCCUUUGGAAUGGGAGUCCUUGGUGUCCCUUGGCUCUAUCCCACCGAAAUCAACCACAUCUCCUUCCGCGGCAAAGGCGCUUCGCUGGCCAUGGCCACCAACUGGAUCAUGAACUACAUGGUCGCCCAAGUGACGCCCCCUGGAAUCGCCAACUUGGGCUACCAAUUCUGGAUCAUCUGGGCGGUAUUGUGCUUCAGCUUCAUCCCAACGACAUACUUCUUCUACCCGGAGACGAGCAACCGCACGCUCGAGGAUAUCGAUCGCUACUUCGCCGAGCACAGAAACAUCUUUGUGUUCCGGGACAAGGUUGCCACGCAGCUCCAGAGACCUGAAAUUUGGGAGAAGAUGGACGAGGAGAUCGCUCGCCGGGCUGAAGAGCAGAAGAUCAGGAAUGGAGAGAUGGACGUGGAAGGCGACUAUAAAGGGGAUGAAAAGGUAAUUUAUAUGCAGAAAUAG